AUGGAACACGCAACUCCGACCACACAUCCCCCACCUCUACCUUUCUCAACCCCGCCACUAACCGCCGCUCAAAUCACCACCCUCACAACCCCACCACCACCUUUCCCUCCUCGCUCCGUCGAUCUCUCUCCUCUCGAAUUCCUCCUCGCUCUCAUCGCUAUUGUAACCAUACCAGCCUUGAUCUAUACCUGCAUAUUCGCCUUCGGGUUCCCGCUUUGUCGCCGGAGAACAGACCAAAACACCCCAGAACUCUCUGUUUCCUCCGAUGACAACCCCAAAGCUGACGCUGCUUCAAUAUUCGAUCUGAAGUACAGUACGGAGGUUCAUAUGAAGGAGAUCGGCGGCGAGUGUCCUGUUUGCUUGUCGGUGUUUACUGACGGUGAGAAACUCCGGCAGCUGAGUUGUUGUAAGCAUUAUUUUCAUGCUGAUUGUAUUGAUUUGUGGCUUAGGAAUCGGGUUACUUGUCCGAUUUGCCGAGCUACGGUUUCCGGUAAACGGCGGUGUUCGUCGGCGGCGGCGAUUCCGACGAGAAAUUAUGAUAUGACGCAGGGUCUUCCGGAUGCUUCUGAUUUAGUGUGA